GACAAACGCAAGAAAAGAAUAGUGAGGAGCGAUUGGCUGGCGAUCGACGAGACAGCCAUUCUUGUCAUUUUUUUUUUUCGCUGGUUUGCGGGUGUGGCUGCCGGCCGCUGGGCUGGGCUGUUACCACUAAGGCAGUAGCAGAGACAGCUCAGUAAAUAAACAACAUAAACAAAAAUAGCGUCGUUGGAUGCAACGGCUUCUGGAUGUUAUGUUGCUGUCCAUCGACAAUGGUAUGAGAAAUGAAGACGAUGAAAAUACUGAAAUAGAAGCCGUUCAUCCCAUCCGUAGAUUGUAGUAAAUUAUUUUAUCAUCUUUUAUUUUUCAUUCUUAUUUUUUUCAGUGCCUCCUACUGCCUCACUCACCCCAGACGAGGAUCUUACACCCUCCUUUUUUUACUUGCUUCUUGCGCCCUUUUUUGUCUCCAACAGAAAAAAAAAGUCAAAGCAAUUGGUUUCCACUCGCUGUUUUAUCUUACUCGCCCUUGUCGUCGGCCUCAAAAAGCCCCCCAAAAAAGACGCCUGUGCGAAAGCGGCCCGUCCGGCUGGAAAUAGCGAACGUCCUCACUUUCAGGGGAACCCAUCAUCUCAUCCCCCCGUGGGCACGUUUUUAUUAGCAGCAAGCAGGGCCCCAAAGUGCCUACGACAGAGCAAGUCCCAGUACCUACCCGCUGAGCCUCGAUUACGGAAGUGUUAGUACCUACAGGGAUCCCCAGGGUUUCUAAUCUUGUUCGCGAACGCGUUUUUUGCUUCUUUGCCUCUUUCUCCUUCAUCAUCGCCAUUUUUUUUUCUCUCUGCAAGCGAAAAAAGGCACUUUGCACAGCUUCUUUCGCCCGCUGGACAUUGAAAGCUUUGUUGUUAUUUUUCUUUCGCCUUGUUGCUAUAUUCGGCCCCCUCCCCUUUGUUAUUGGGGUACCCGUACCGGCCAUUGGUGGAGCAACCAGCAGAGGGACGAAUGCACUGAAGUGAGCUACUGCUACCCAGUGUCUCCGCCACGUCAAAACAACCGAUCCAACCAAAUAUCUAUCUUGGUUUCGCCGAUAUUCACACAAAACAAAAAAAGCAGUUGGCAUCUUCAUAGUAGCCGUAUCGAGUUUUUAUUUUAUUUUCUGCUUGCUGCUACUACUACGAACGUCUUCGAGCCUCUUCAUGUCAGCCUGACGCUCAGGUCACUUUUCUCGCCAAAUCCCCAACGCGCGACAGUUGGCCGCCAGCUGCUCACGCCGUUCACAUUGAAAACACGCUUUCGCCACCGCGCAUUUUUCUUUUCUUUCUUCUCUUCUUCUAGCUGCAGCAGUUGCUGGCAGCUGUGAAAUUUGCUAAGUUUUUUCUACAUCAAAAUGGAUUCACGGCUCCAACGACCGCGAACCUCGGACAACGCUCCGGCUCCCAUCCAUCAUAGACACAAAUCGACGGGAAACCUGAUCGGUAUGGCCUCUGCCUCGGCCGUGGGCUUCCUUCGCCCGGCCAAACGCGCAGCAUUUGGCGACGUCACCAACGUGUCAAGGGCCAGCACCAGCAACGGUGUUUCUAGCAAGGACGGCGUUAAACCUGCUCCCGUCAAGGUCACCUCGCAAACCACACGCGCUGUUGCCGCUACCAACAAGGAAAAUGUUGCACACAGCCGCAAGGACUCGCUCAAGGGCGGUUUCCAACGCACGGCAGCCGCUGCGGCUGCCAUGCUCAAGCCCAGAUCAUCCAACACUAGCACCACUACCAACAACAAUAACAGCCAGCCCAUUGAAGUCAUCCAGCCUCUGCAUGAUCUUCCUCUCAAGGGCCCGCAUCGCCACACUCUAUCUGCCACCAUCCCUACUACAACAUUAUCGCUAACAUCACACAUUCCCACAUCAUCCUCCACCGUUGAGCCUCGCGUGUAUCAGCCUCGUCACCAUAAGAGCCAGCCGCAGCUGAAGCAACAACAGGCUCCCGUCCUCCGCAAGACACAAAGCAAGCAAUUCGAGCGUGCUGAGCCCCUUGCGUCCAUGCUCGUUGAGCCGCUCCUGGAGCUGCCCGAGCUGGACACGGAGUCGGUCGGCACCGCCAUCUCGACAGACUCCACCGAAGUUGAGAGCGGCAACACAAUGUAUCUCGAUUCGGUAAGCGAUGCCGCAGAUCUGGAGCCCCUCAUGGCAGUCACGCAGGAUCAGUAUGUUGAUCAAAGUGCUGGCCCGGCUGCUGCUGUGUACAAUGAGAAUACAGCACCAGUAUCUGAGCCCGAAGAGUACUGGGACGAGGAUGAUGAGGAUUACGACGACCAGGACCAAGCCUACACCACAGCUCACUCAUUCCGCUCGCGAGACCUGACCACGGGCAAUGUCACGACCAUGCUGGCUCCCCGCGUCACCAACAAGGUGAACAAGGAGCUGGACGAUGCCCGUCGCGAGGUAGAGGCUAGCAUCACUCCGGAUGAGCUCGAGGAGGAAUUCUGGGACGUGACCAUGGUUGCCGAGUAUGGCGACGAGAUUUUUGAGUACAUGAGGGAGUUGGAAGUCAAGAUGAUGCCCAACCCUCACUACAUGGAGAAUCAGACCGAGAUCCAAUGGUCCAUGCGCUCCGUCUUGAUGGACUGGCUCGUCCAGGUCCACAGCCGCUUCAACCUUCUUCCCGAAACACUAUUCCUUACUGUCAACUACAUCGACCGCUUCCUCUCCUACAAGGUCGUCUCCGUGGGCAAGCUCCAGCUCGUCGGCGCCACUGCCAUCUUGGUGGCAGCCAAGUACGAAGAGAUUCACUGCCCAUCGCUAGAGGAGAUUGAGUACAUGGUGGAUAAUGGCUACACCGCGGAUGAGAUUCUCAAGGCCGAGCGGUUCAUGCUUAGUAUGCUGAGCUUUGAGCUCGGCUUCCCCGGUCCCAUGAGCUUCCUGCGUCGCGUCAGUAAGGCCGACAACUACGACUUGGACACGCGCACGCUAGCCAAGUAUUUUAUCGAGUUGACUAUUAUGGACGAACGCUUCGUGGCAACACCGCCCAGCUUCUUGGCUGCUGGCGCCCACUGCCUGUCGCGUCUUAUUCUCGGAAAGGGAGACUGGACUAAGCAACAUGUCUACUAUUCCGGAUACACAUGGACACAGCUCCGAUCGCUGGUAACCAUGAUUAUCGAGUGCUGCGAACAACCUCGCCUGCACCACGCCGCAGUGUACGAGAAGUACUGCGAAAAGAGAUUCAAGGAGGCAGCAUACAUUGUCCAAGACGCUUUGGACGCUGGAUUCACACUGCCCAACCACACAUCACCAGUUCGCUCUUCACGGCCGGCCGUUGCCACCAACGGAUACCCGACAAUGAUGGAGGAAACAUCGGCAUAAUACGCCCAACUUUUUUUUUUACUGUUGAAGGAGACAAUACAGGUCAUUACUACGACGACCUUAAUGGGAGAUUGCAUGAUUGUUAUAUUUUUUGACCCAAGACAAAGAACAUCUUGGCGGAGUAUGGAAAUACCGGAAUUGUUUUAUGGAAUCUGUUUCUUAAAGGCGCAAGGGAGGUUUACAUGUUAUAAUAAUAGCGAUUCAUACAGGAGCAGUAGCAGCAACAGCAUCACUAGCCGCGGCAAUACAAAAUGCGCAUUUACAAGGAAACGCUCUGGCCUUUUUAAUCAUCAAGUGAUGUGUGUAGUCGUAGCUACUUGUGUCGGUGUGUGUGUUAUGUCUCGCAUGUCAAUUGGGUUCGUUCGCGGCCCGUAGCGAGCGCAGCCAGCCGUCUUAUUGGUCAGUCGGGCCGGGGAAGACGGGAGCCAAUCUGGCCAAGACGGGUGGACAGGGCUCGAUUCCAUGUCUUCCUGAGAGAGAGAGCCGUUUAUUACAGGCGGGACGACCCUCAAAUUCAAAGCCCCGGGCGCCAUAGCGGCAGUGUGCAGCAGAAUCAACUAUUCUAGCAGUGUGUCCAACAUGAGCUGAGACAGGAGAGAGGGAACCA